GUUUGUAGGAUUUUGAGAGUGGCCAGCCUGUACAGCCUGUGCACUCUCUCUCUUUCUCCAUUGCGUCUCGCUCCUCGGUGGGCUACAUUUCUCUAUUCAUCUCCCCUCGGCUCUCUCUAGACAUCGCCUAGGACGCCUUCGCCACCUGUAACAUCUGCAAAAGCACACGCAACGUGCGCGCCGAUACCCAGCUAGCCCACAGCCGCAGCCUAGCCUCAACGCCCUCGCCUUUGCCACCUCUAGUCUCCUCUCUCCCAGUCACAUCUCACCACCAUGGCGACCACUAGCAUGAUCAAGGACAUUGCGCCGGUGCCCUCGUCGGCCGACUUCAUCGAUGUCGUUCUCCAGGGUACCAUGCGCCGCACCCCCACCGUCAUCCACAAGAACUUCAAGAUCUCGCGUAUCAGGAAUUUCUACAUGCGCAAGGUCAAGUUCACGCAGGACGCGUUCGACGAGAAGCUCGGUCGCAUCCUUGACGAGUUCCCAAUUCUUGACAACCUGCACCCGUUCCUCUCGAGCCUGCUCAACGUGCUGUAUGACAAGAACCACUACAAGCUGGCGCUCGGUCAGAUCUCGACGGCUCGUCACCUCAUCGCCCAGGUCGCCAAGGACUACUGCCGCCUCCUGAAGUUCGGUGACUCGCUGUACCGUUGCAAGCAGCUCAAGCGUGCUGCCCUUGGUCGCAUGGCCACCAUCAUGCGCCGCCAGAAGGACCCCCUCGCUUACCUUGAGCAGGUGCGCCAGCACAUCUCGCGUCUUCCCGCCAUCGACCCCAACACACGCACGCUCAUCAUCUGCGGCUACCCCAACGUCGGCAAGUCGUCGUUCGUCAACAAGAUCACUCGCGCCGAUGUCGACGUCCAGCCUUACGCUUUCACUACCAAGUCGCUUUUCGUCGGCCACAUGGACUACAAGUACCUCCGCUGGCAGGUUGUCGACACCCCCGGUGUGCUCGACCACCCGCUCGAGGAGAUGAACACGAUCGAGAUGCAGUCUAUCACCGCGCUUGCUCACCUCCGUGCCGCCAUUCUCUACUUCAUGGACCUGUCCGAGCAGUGUGGCUAUACCAUCGAGGCGCAGUGCAAGCUCUUCCACUCGAUCAAGCCCCUCUUCGCAAACAAGCCUGUCGUUCUUGUGAUCAACAAGAUCGACAUUGUUCGCCUGUCGGACCUGAGCCCCGACAACCGUGCUUUCGUCGACACGAUCCUCAACGACAAGACCGUGACCGUAGUUGAGGCAUCGACGUACUCGGAGGAGGGUGUUAUGGACGUGCGCAACAAGGCUUGUGAGCAGCUCCUGGCCCACCGUGUUGAGCAGAAGCUGCGUGGCCACCGCAUCGAGGCCGUUGCCAACAAGAUCCACGUUGCGAUGCCCCAGAAGCGUGACGACGUUGAGCGACCUGCGUUCAUCCCCGAGGCCGUCAAGAGCCGCACCACGUACGACAAGGAGGACCCGAACCGCCGCAAGCUCGAGAAGGAAGUCGAGCAGGAGAUGGGCCUCAACCCCUGGCUCGGCAUCUACACGCAGGACCUCAAGCGCGACUACAUGCUGGCGGACGACUCGUGGAAGUACGACAUCAUGCCCGAGAUCCUCAACGGCAAGAACGUCGCCGACUUUAUCGACCCGGACAUCGAGGCCAAGCUCGAGGCGCUGGAGCGCGAGGAGGAGAAGCUCGAGGCGGAGGGCUUCUACGCCUCGGACGAGGAGGAGAUGCUCGACUCGGACGAGGAGGAGUUCCUCGACGCCGCCGCCCAGGUUGCCCGCCGCAAGGCGCAGCUCAAGAAGAUCAGCCAGGCCAAGAACACGCUGCAGAACAAGCCUGUGAUCCCGCGCAAGAAGAAGCACGUCACGCUCGACGAGUUCACGCAGGGCAUGCGCAAACACGGCCACGACCCGGUCGUGCUGGAGAAGCGUGCGGCGCGCCUCAUCGCCGCGAAGAAGGCGGCAUGGGAGGCCGCCGAGGCCAGCCGCGGCAGCGACGGCGACGGCGACGGCGACGGCGACGUGUCCAUGGAUGUGGACAUGGACGAGCGGCCGCGCAAGGGCCGCGCCGCGCCCAAGGGCGAGCUCCUCCCCGCCGGUAUCACGACCAAGGAGCAGGCGGACAAGUCCAAGCAGCUGCACCACUUCGCUGUGCGCGAGCGCAACCGUCUCGCCAAGGCGUCCGAGUCGGACCGUCACAUCCCUAUCACGCGUCCCAAGUGGAUGCUGGCGGGCAAGCGCAAGGGCGGCAAGACGCAGCGUCGUUAAGUGGGCUAGAUGGGGGGCGGGGAGCGCGAGUGACCGCGGCGUGCCGCGCUGUAUGUACACCUGGUACUAUAGAUACCCUAUGGAUCUGCAUUGAUAGAGAA